AUGACGGGAGAAAAAAUAGAAGUCGUCGGGAUAUGCUACGUAACUAUGGAAGUUCAUGGACACAGAGUGGAGGAAGUGCCAUUGUAUGUGGUACAGGGGAAUGGACCUGCCUUAUUCGAUGAAGAAGGUAUUCAUAUGACGGAGGAUGCCAUUGCAGCAGUCACGGAGGCACCAAGGCCAGAAUCAAGGUCUGAAAUGCAAUCCUUCCUGGGGCUGAUAACAAAACCACUGUCAUACAUUCUGGGACCCCCCAGGAAGGGCAUUCCAGUCCUUGCAGCUGCAAGAAUACAACGCUGGGCUAUACAGUUAGCAGCUUAUGAUUAUGACAUUGAAUUACGUCGUUCAAGGGACAAUGGAAAUGCUGAUGCACUCUCACGGUUGCCUUUACCAGAUUGUGACUCCAAUGCAUCAGAUAAGCUUGUAAACGGGACACAAGAAGCAACUGCAUUUAACAUGCACCAGGUGAAACUCUUUUCUUCCUGUAACUGCGAAAUCUGUUGCAAGAGGGAAACUUUGCAUGACGCUGUACUGGCUAGAGCUUUAUAUUAUACAAGAAAUGGAUGGCCAGACUCUGAGGACAUAGCACAGGAACUGAAACCCUUCCAUAGCCGUCAGCAUGAGUUUUCAAUUGAAGAGGGAUGUCUUCUAUGGGGUGCCAGGGUGGUAAUACCGUCGAGAUUUAGGAUUCAAAUCUUAGAAGAGCUACAUGGUGGUCAUCCGGGGAUUGUUAGGAUGAAAGGAUUAGCUCGCUUGCAUGUGUGGUGGCCGAACAUCGAUCAAGAUAUUGAAAACACUGUGCAAGGGUGCUCUGCUUGUCAGGCUACUCAGCCAAUGCCGACUCGUGCUGAGGGUAAUCCGUGGAAAUGGCUUCUGGUCCGUGGAAAAGAGUACAUGUUGAUUUCGCAGGACCAUUCCUGGGACAAAUGUACCUCAUUAUGA